UUAGAAAUCUUGGCCAACUGAACAUGUAUGGCAUUCAAUACUUAGUUGGGGCUCCUUUUGCCUGAAAUACUAUUAUUAGGUGUUAUGAGAGUCCAGGCUGCUCUGAUAGUGGCCUUCGGCUCUUCUGCAUUGUUAGGUCUUAUCACAUCUUCCUCUUCACCAUACCCCAUAGAUUACCAUAGUCCUCAAACCAGGUACUGGUAGCUUUGGCACUGUGUGCAGGUGCCAAGUCCUGGUAGAAAAUGAAAUCUGCAUCUCCAUAAGGUUGGUCAGCAGCAAAACGUCCUGGUAUACGGCUGCGUUGACCUUGGACCUCAGAAAACACAGUGGCACAACACCGGCAAAUGACAUGAACCCCAAACCAUCACUGACUGUAGAAGCACACCGGACCUCAAGCAACGUUCUGUGCCUCUCCUCUCUUCCUCCAGACUCUGAUUUCCAAAGGAAAUGCAACAUUUUCUUUCAUCAGAGUACAUAACUUUGGCCCAGUCAGCAGCAGCCCAGACCUUUUUGUCUUCAGCCCAGAUGAGAAGCUUCUGACACUGUCUGUUCAAGAGUGUCUUGACACAAGGAAUGUGACGGCUGAAACCCAUGUGUUGCAUACAUCUGUGUGUAGCGCUUCUUCAAGCACUGACUCCAGCUGUAGUCCACUCGUUUUGAAUCUCCCCUACAUCGAACGGGUUUCGUUUCACAAUCCUCUCCAGGGUUUCACAUCCCUAUUGCUUCUACAUUUUUUUCUACCACAUCUUUUCCUUCCCUUCUCCUCUCUAUUAAAGAGCUCUGUGAACAGCAAGCCUCUUUUGCAAUGACCUUUUGUGUCUUGCCCUCCUUGUGCAAGGUGUCAAUGGUCGUCUUUCGGACGACUGUCAAGUCAGCAGUCUUCCCCAUGAUUGACUACAGAACUAGACCGAGAGACCAUUUAAAGGCCUUCGCGGGUGUUUUGAGUUAAUCAGCUGAUUGGAGUGUGGCAUCAGGUGUCUUCAAUAUUCAACCUUUUCGCAAUAUUCUAAUUUUCUGAGAUACUGAAUUUAGGAUUUUCACUAGUUGUCAGUUAUAAUCAUCAAAAUGACAAGAAAUAAACAUUUGAAAUAUAUCAGUAUGUGUGUAAUGAAUGGAAUUAGUGAAAUAAAUCAACUUUUUGAUGAUGUUCUAAUUAUAUGACCAGCACCUGUAUAUGUGUUUCAACAUAAACCAUGAGUUUCACUUUGCGGACUCUCUCUCCAUCUCUCUCUCUCUCAGCUUUAAUGUAAUUUAGUAGCAUUAAACCAAAGAGCCAUCCCUGACAUGAUGCAGCUUCGAAAGCCCCGAUGAAAUCCAUUUGACAAAACUCCAGAGACUCUUUGCUCAUGGAUGGGGUUUAAUAAUUCAUUCAGCGCAGUUUAUUCUACAGAUAUAUCUUCUUUCUCAUGCUCAAGUCCGUUGUGUUAUUGUUUUCCAGUGCUCUUUAUACCCUGCAGAUUCAUCUGCGCAGCAUUGUUAUCUUGUCGUGGCACAGUUUUGGUCCUAACAGCCAAACUAUUGGUCGACUGUGGCACGUGUUCAUCUCAGAUCGGACCGAAGUGUCAGGAGACGGGGUGCUGGAAUCACUCGAGGUCUGGUAUGAUUUUUCUCCAUGUCCGUAAGCUUUCGUUUCCAUCCGUGAUUGCGUUCUGCAGAAUGAGCGAAGCCGUGGCGAGCGGGGUGAGAAGGUUGAGCACCAUCUCGGAGCAGGACGCGGAUGCUGGAGCGGAGCCCGUGUCCCUCGGGUCCUCGGGGGACGGCGAGUGGGCAGGAUCCAGUGCUUCGCUCUGCUCGCGGGGAAAACCCAGCGUCCAGAGCAGCACCUUCACCUCCUUUGAGUCCUAUCAGCCUGACGCUGCAGAUGACUGCGCCUCCAUCCUGCUGGCUUGUCUCUACUGCCGCUUCUGUGACGUGAUGGCCAUGCUUCCCGACGCUUGUGAGCGAGCGCUAGGCCGCUGCUUCCCCUCGUACAGGUAUUACAACACCUCGGAUGAGCCGUCCAAAGGAAAAGACUGGUGCGGCUGCAACGUGGAUUUUGACUGUGGUUUCAUGAACUCCUGUCAGGAGGCCAGCGAGCUGAUCGAGCUGGCCAUGGAGAUAUCUGAGGUCUGUUACCGCUGAGAGCCCCGAAAUCUUGCAUCCCAGAUUUUUGCAUGUUGAAAAAUACAUAAGGCCAAUGACGUUUAGACACGGCCUCCGACAGGUUCGACCGUUAAAAAAAUUGGUUCGAUUUUCAGCAUUUUGGGCUUUUUUUGCAAGCGUUUUCAUAAAGGAUGACGAACGUGAAAAGUAUGAAAAGCGUGUGCAGGGACCUUUACAGCUAUUCGUUGUCACUUAAGACAUUUGUGGUUUCACGCGGGAGAAACCAGGGUAAAUGUCACUUCUUGUUUUAGGCGACAAAAUAAAGCAUGACCCUGCAUUUUUUUAGGAUGAGGUCCUCAUUUAAAGGAAGUAGGGUGAAUAUAUUUGCAGUACAAUUUAUUUUGCAUCCAAAGUUGAAUUUUCAUACAAAAUGAUGACUUUACUGACGCUCUCAUAUUCCCGUACGUGACGGCUGAACCAAAAUGUGAACGUUGGGCUCAUCUGUUAUGUAAAGCAUGAAAAAUCAUCAGUGUGGGUAAAUCGAGCCAGUGGCCACCUGUGUGAUGCAUAAUUGAUUGUAACAAAGUAAAAAGCUUUAAAUGUCUUUCUGUCUUGUGAUUUGCUUAAGACCGUUAAAGGUCUGAAUAUGGUACAAAAAAACCAGAAAUCAGUUUGCAUUUAGAUACAUUUAGUUUUAUAGUUUUGAAUUAGUUUUUGGUCAAAUGCCUGUAACACUUUACAACUCCUAGAUUAUAAAUAAACUAUGAAAGAGUUGUCGAAGCUUAAUGCUGGUGAUGCUGAAGUUGGUGUGCUUGAACUUUUUACUUCUAGUGUUCGUAUUUAGGCUUUAAAAUUCAAUAAUAAUUCUGUAGCUCUGAAGAUUAUCUGGUGACGCUUAGAAUACUGUUCCUUAAUAUUAAAUAACUGCGAGACAAAUUACUAAUGCAGUAUUAAUGUUUUGGUAGCUACUGUUAACUCCAAUUAACAAAUUAUUAACUGACUUGAAUGUGUUAGCUUUUUCUUCACAAAAAUGGCAAACAGUUAUAAUGUUGUCAUGUUUUCUAUGCAAAUAACGCAUAAAUAAUUCUAAAAU